AUGACCGGCUUCGUCUUGAAUGAUCCCGCUUGGUGGCCGCUCAUCAGUGGUUUUCAUGUUUCUAAUUAUUUUGUGGUCGUAUCUUCUGCUGUGGUGGUAUAUGAUUGGGCAUUGACAUUCACACAAGAGUUUGAACUGAUCUGGAAGCACCACUGGUCCUUCAUGACCGUUCUCUAUAUUUGUGUGCGCUACAUCGGAAUGCUGUAUUCUCUGCAUCAGCUACACUCUAUGGGUUCUCCCAGUCCCGAUGACAGACUUAGCAAUAUCCUCUAUUUCACAUGGACAUGGACGCCUGUCGUUGUCAAUGCCGUGUUGGGCGUCAUCAUGUUGACUCGGAUACACGCCAUGUAUGGGCGAUCCAGCAAGAUGCUCGUCUUUCUCGCUGUACUCUUGCUGGUUUCCACGAUCACCACCGUAGUUAUGGUGAUACCAGGGGAGGCCGUGCUCUCUGGUUACCAUAAGUGUUUUUUUAAUAUUGAUGAAGACGUAAUGGCUCUGGGUAGCGACAUGAUGAUACCCACCGCAAUAUGGGAGAUCCUCGCCUUCUGUCUUGCAGUCUGGAUUGUUAUAAAGCACCUUCGUGAACUGCGACAAUUGCAGAGAGGAUCGACUAUCUGGGACUGUUUCACGGUGUUAAUACAAAGUCAUGCAUUGUACUUUCUAGCCUUUGUUGUCAUGGCUUGCCUCACUCUUGGUUCAUUGUCUCCAUAUCUGGAGAACGCAUCUACUUUGGGAGCUACUGUGUAUAAUGGCAUUCUUGACAUCGCCAUGGGGUUGCAGAUGUGUGUUCUGGGACCACGUCUGAUCCUCGGCGUUCGUGAAUACAACGCUAAGCUCGUGGACGGGUCCGACGAGGGAACACACAUGACGUCCAUUGCUUUUCAGGCUGCUGAAGUGUUGACCGGUGGAGACGUGUAG